AAACAAUCACAGAUUUACUGAAAAUAAGUGCUUUCGAUACCAUAAUUCUAUAUCUCUAAUCGCCCAUGUGAUGGUGCGAAUGCGCGUCAGUUCAGUGGAAUAAUUUAUUACAGAAUCCGGAAUACAGAAUACAGAAUAGAGUGUGAGGCUUCUCACCGCAAGAUGAGCAUUGAACGGAAUCAUUCCAAUUAGAGAGGAGAGUACGCGAGUAUCUGACAGAUUGAGACAGCGACAGGAAGCCAUGCGGCACCCAUCGCGUGCCUAGGAUCUCUGACUACUCCACGGAGAGACACUCCGCCGCAGACAUGCCCAGGACUGUGAGUCAGCACUCAGCGCCCUCAGACAUGAAGUGCCCGUCAAUUGCAUUUCUCUUCCUGCUGCUGCUCCUGCUGCUGGCCCUGCUCUGUGGCCCGCAUCACGCAUACGCCCUGGAGGUGGUGGAGGGGGGGCCACUGCGGGAGAGCAACUGCCACGACAGCCACAACGGUUUCGAUAUCUAUCCCAAUCCCAAUCCAUCUUUGAUGCCCGCGACCCUGCCACCGACACUGGCACCCACUCCUGCGCCCUCGCCCUCGCCCUCGCCCUCGCCCUGGAAGUGUUGCUGCUGGAAUGCAUCUAAUCAAAGCGAAGAGGUGGAAUGCCGCUGCGAAGGAGCGGAACUCACCCGUGUGCCCCAAACCCUGAAGCUCCCCAUUCAGCGGCUAACUAUCGCCUCGACGGGCCUGCCACGCCUCCGCUCCACGGGACUGAAGGUUUAUGCCCCCACAUUACUCGAUGUGGCCUUCACCGACUGUCUGCAGCUGGAAUUGAUACAGGACGGCGCUUUCUCUAACUUGACUCUGCUGCGAACAAUCUACAUUUCGAAUGCACCCAAACUGACCUUCCUGUCUAGGGACGUGUUUGCUGGCAUUUCGGGCACUGUUGAAAUCAUACGCAUCAUUAACAGCGGACUAACCAGCGUUCCGGACUUGAGUCACCUGCCGCCGUAUAACAUUUUGCAAAUGAUAGAUCUCGAUAACAAUCAAAUCACUCGAAUAGAUACUAAAUCCAUAAAAGUAAAGACUGCCCAAUUCAUUUUGGCCAACAAUGACAUAAGCUACGUAGAUGAUUCGGCUUUCUUUGGCUCAAAGAUAGCCAAACUCUCUCUGAAGGACAAUCGAAAGCUCAGCGAAAUGCAUCCGAAUGCAUUCCACGGCAUCAUAGACAUAACAGAACUUGAUCUCUCUAGCACUGCGCUUGUGGGACUGCCAUCAGCUGGACUGCAGACCAUCGAAGCCCUGUACAUCCAGAACACGCACACUCUCAAGACGAUACCCUCCAUAUACAAUUUUCGGAACCUGCAGCGGGCGUACCUCACCCACUCGUUCCACUGCUGCGCCUUCCAGUUCCCGUCGCGGCACGACCCGGAGCGACACGCGCAACGCAUUCGAGAGAUCGAGAAAUGGCGGGAGCUGUGCAACAUCGAGCGCUUGGCCCGCAAGUCGGAGAGAACCACAAAUGACUCCUCCGGGGAGGGCAGGGGAUGGCAGGAGGAGAUGCCGGAGGAUUUUGGCACCUUUGACACCGACAGCCUGUCCGGGGAGACGGCUCCCAGCCUCUAUGCCUCGUUCGACUACAUGGCGGAUACGACCAUCAACUUGGGCCAAUUUCACGAGCAGAUCACCCUCAACCCGGACGACGAACAGUCUGCCGAGUACUGCGGAAAUUUCACCUUCAGGAAACCCAGUGUGGAGUGCUACCCCAUGCCCAAUGCCCUGAACCCCUGCGAAGACGUGAUGGGCUAUCAGUGGCUGAGAAUCUCGGUUUGGAUAGUGGUCGCCCUGGCGGUCGUUGGUAAUGUGGCGGUGCUGACAGUAAUACUAUCGAUUCGACCCGAGUCGGCGUCGGUGCCGCGAUUUCUCAUGUGCCAUUUGGCCUUUGCCGACCUCUGCCUGGGGCUCUACCUGCUGCUGGUGGCCUGCAUCGAUGCCCAUUCCAUGGGAGAGUUCUUCAACUAUGCCUACGACUGGCAAUACGGGGUGGGCUGCAAAGUAGCCGGAUUCCUCACGGUUUUCGCCAGUCAUUUGUCGGUGUUCACGCUGACCGUGAUUACAAUCGAGCGAUGGCUGGCGAUUACACAGGCCAUGCACCUGAACCAUCGCAUCAAGUUGCGCCCGGCGGCGAUAAUCAUGCUGGCCGGCUGGAUUUACUCAGUGCUAAUGUCCUCGCUGCCAUUGUUUGGCAUCAGCAAUUAUUCGUCGACCAGCAUUUGCUUGCCGAUGGAAAACCGCGACGGAUACGACACUGCCUACCUUAUUGCCAUACUCGGGUGCAACGGUGUCGCCUUCUCCAUCAUAGCCGUGUGCUAUGCUCAGAUCUAUCUAUCGCUGGGCCGCGAGACGCGUCACGCCCGCCAGAAGAAUCCGGGAGAGAUGAGUGUGGCCAAGAAAAUGGCACUGCUGGUCUUUACCAACUUUGCCUGCUGGUCGCCCAUUGCCUUCUUUGGCCUCACCGCCCUGGGGGGCUAUCCGCUGAUCAACGUUACCAAAUCCAAGAUAUUACUAGUAUUCUUCUAUCCAUUGAACUCGUGCGCGGAUCCCUAUCUGUAUGCCAUACUAACGUCGCAGUAUCGCCAGGACCUGUUCACCCUGCUGUCGAAAUUAGGUUUCUGCCGUCAGAGCGCUUUAAAGUACAAGCACAGCACCUCCAUCCAGGCCACCUCGCGCUUCACCAUCCACGGAUCCAUCCAGCGGCACGGAUCACUCAACUGCAAGAUGCAGCAGCCGACGCUCCUGGGCGUGGAGACACAGAGUAUGCUGAAGAGCAGCGAGGACUACGUUUAAACUGAAGCUUAUGUAUUCUGAAUACACCUGUUCUUCUACCUGUUUGUGAUAUAUGUAUACAUUGUAUCUGUAAUCUUUUAGCUCUCUCUACACUAAUUGUAGUUCUGUUACGUUACGUUAAGUUUUUUGUUAGCUGUGCCAGUAUUGUUGCAUCCUCCCAUUACCUAUUGCAAAUAUUGUACCCUCUAAGACUAAAGGUUUCUAAGAUUAAGGUUCCUUUUAAAGUUAUCUGAUGCCUAAAGCGUAAAGUAUUUCUAAAGUUUUCAAUGGAUUACCAUGGAAUAUGCUAUGCUGUAUACGAUUGUUGUUGUGCAUAUUCAAAUAUAUCGUUCAAAUGUGACGUUCAA